CACCGGCGGACGGUUUCAAGUCGCCCACCCUGCCUGGACUGAAACCCUGCCUGAUUUGUGGGCAAUGUUGGGGAUGUGAAAAAAAAGAAGGAAAACCAGAGAGAGAGAGAGAGGUGGAGAGAGAGGGAGAGACAACACGAACCGGGUAGCUAUGGAGAUAGUAGCUUUUCCUGCUCGCUUUCUUUGACAGGUGUCGAGGAGUGGGAUAAAAAUCGUAAAAGUGUAAGCCGAGCAGCUUCCAAGAUGUACGGCAAGGGUAAGGGAGCCGUGGUCCCCUCCGACAGCCAAGCCAGAGAAAAGUUGGCGUUGUAUGUGUACGAGUACCUACUACACGUGGGAGCACAGAAGUCAGCACAGACCUUCCUGUCUGAGAUUCGAUGGGAGAAGAACAUCACAUUAGGGGAGCCCCCUGGAUUUCUCCAUUCGUGGUGGUGCGUAUUCUGGGACUUGUAUUGUGCCGCUCCAGACCGACGGGAGACGUGCGAGCACUCCAGUGAGGCCAAGGCCUUCCAUGACUAUAGCGCGGCAGCAGCGCCCAGCCCGGUGAUGGGCAACAUGCCCCCCAACGACACCAUGCCAGGCGGUCCCAUGCCUCCGGGCUUUUUCCAGGGACCACCUGGCUCUCAGCAGUCCCCCCACGCACAGCCCCCCCCACACAACCCAAGCAACCCCAUGAUGGGACCCCACGGCCAGCCUUUCAUGUCACCCCGGUACCCAGGUGGACCGCGUCCCACUCUCCGAAUGCCAAAUCAGCCUCCAGGUGGAAUCCCAGGAUCGCAGCCUCUUUUGCCAAACAGUUUGGACCCAACACGACCGCAAGGGCAUCCCAACAUGGGCGGUCCUAUGCGGAUGAACCCUCCUCGAGGAAUGGCCAUGGGCCCACAGAAUUACGGAGGCAUGAGACCUCCACCCAACUCCAUGGGCGGCCCCAUGCCAGGAAUGAACAUGGGUCCAGGAGGAAGAGGGCCAUGGCCGGGGCCUAACGCUAACUCAAUAGCUUACUCCUCCUCAUCUCCAGGCAACUACGUGGGUCCCCCAGGUGGCGGAGGGCCACCCGGAACUCCCAUCAUGCCCAGCCCAGGUGAUUCGACCAACUCUAGUGAAAACAUUUACACAAUGAUGAAUCCUAUUGGACCAGGAGGCAACCGGCCCAAUUUCCCAAUGGGACCUGGGCCUGACGGGCCGAUGGGCGCUAUGGGAGCCAUGGAGCCGCACCACAUGAACGGAUCGCUUGGGUCGGGAGAUAUGGACGGCUUGCCAAAGAGUUCCCCUAAUAACAUGGGGGGCAUGAACAACCCUCCCGGAACGCCGCGAGACGACGGUGAAAUGGGCGGCAACUUCUUGAACCCAUUCCAAAGCGAAAGUUAUUCUCCCAACAUGACGAUGAGUGUGUGAUUUUAUUUUUUCCUUUUUUUUUUAAUGUUGGUUAUUUUUUCCCUCCUGUUUUGUACCCCUACACCCUUUUUUUUUGUUUUUUGUUUUUUGUUCCCCGACCCCACCGCAAUCCUGACCUCACCCUCGGACCGGGCCUGCUCCUCGUCCUCCACGCUCUACCGCAACCUUCCUCACACCCCUUCCUCACGGGUGAACCGCAGCCCUCCUCCUCAUCCUCCGGAGUGGCCCUGGAGCUCGCCAGGACUCUGGUGAAAAAGACAGGUCCUGCGGGAGCGUGCAAGAUGGCCGCCGGGCCGGGCAGGAAGUCGCAGCAGGGCAGCAGGAAGAGCCUCUUCUCGGACUUUAGACAAUGAGCACGGGGGAGCGAGGACAAACAGAGAAAAAAGAGAGUGACACAUGCUCAAGGAUGCUGUCUCUCUGGAAUCUUCAUCCACAAUCGGACUUAUUAUUAUUAUUAUUAUUAUUUUAUUUUUUAAAAUAGUUUUUAAUGUAUUGUUCCUGACCUCUGCUUGUACAUUUUUAACAGAGGUGUUGUGAUGAUCUGUUUUUUUUCCUAUUGUGUGUAUGUAUUAUAUCAUUGCUAUUUUUAUUAUUAUUAUUAUUAUUAAUUAUAUUGCCAUGCUAAUUUUUUGUUCAUUCAGAGGGCACAUUAUUUUGCGAGAGAAGGCCUAAUCACGUGUGCACAAAUGAUGUGACCACACUGCUGGUAAGAUUUUAUCCCUGCAUUAUUGGCCUUUUUAAAAAUUAUUCUACCCAACUUUUUCUUUUUUUUAACCCACAGUUUUUCGUUUGUCAUUUUAUUUGUUUUUCUUACCCACAUUUUUUUACCUAAAUGAUUUCAUUUUUUCAUAUUGUUUUUUUUGUUAUUUUCAACCCAAUCAUUUUUUGUUUCUUUGUCCAUCUUAAUUUUUUUCUCAGCUGUUGUAUGCAAAAUGUUUUUCCCAACUUCAUUUUCCCACCUAUUUAAUCCUAUUUUAUCUUUUUUGUUUUUUAACCCAACUUUUUUUUUAACCCUCCCAACUUCUAGUAGCUUCAUGCAAAGUAAUGCACAGCGCUCUUUAUUUAUCGACUUUUUAAUUUUAUUUUAUUUGACUUAUGAGGCUGUAAACCCCACAGAUAAAAGCUUAUUUGACUCUGAGAUCCUGCAAAAUUGCCAUGUCAGAACUCUAAAUGAAAUUCUGGCAUUCAUCCGCCAUUGCCUUUCACAGAGAACCCAGCAAAGUGGGAUAAGCGAGGCAUGUUUUCUUCGAAAGCGAUUGUAGCUUUUCAACGUACUUUCUGCAUCUUCUUUCACGUUAUGUAAUUAUGUGAUGACCAAAUGCUGUGCUGUUGUUAAAGUGCCACACAGUUGUGGCAAUAUCCAGCAUUUGCUGGUUUCGGUCCAUCCAUUUUCUACCGCUUAUCUGAGGUCGGGUCGUGGGGGCAUCUAUAUUGCUGUUAGUUUCCCCUAUAAUUGCUCAAGUUUGGACCCUCACCCCCAACUUCGCCUUGGUGGAGCCUGGUUUCAGUGUGAAAUCCAAAACAAUGUCAUCUUGUGUUACGGCUUUGAUGCGCCAAUUUUGCAGGGCUUUCUUUUUUUAAUUAUUUGAUCCAUCAAUUUUCCACCAUUUGUCUAAAAGGCAACGAGGAUGCCGUGUCGCUAUGUGAAAGCAAACACACUUGCGACAAUAUCCCACAUUCGCAGGGCUUUGUACAAAGGACGAAUGCGUGUACUCUUCCUGGUGCUGGCAUGAUGCCGUGUGGCUGCGUGAACGCCUCAUACAGUUUCGGCAAACUCCUGGCUUUUCUGGGUUCUGUGCAAAAAGCAAAGUUAGCUAAAUACCAGAUUUUUCAUGCUGCAGUUUUGCAGGAUCUCAGUGCGAAAGCGUCCUUUUUAUUUAACAAGUGUUACUGUCUAUUAGCUGCACCACUUGUAGCAACGGUGUAAAUAUGCAGAUCUAGUCAGCACUGUGUCCUCAUCUAUGUGAUGUCAUCGGACCGCCAACCAGACCUGCCCUACAAGGCACUGAAGUUUUUGUUGACCCCCCACUCGUGUUGCCCCUACAAACAUCUUGCUGUGCUCGGGUUAUCUGUAUUUCUGUUUUUUUGCCUGAUAAUUCGUCAACAAUGAGUACAAACAAGUUUGGAUACGGGUGGUGUCCCCUUUUUGUUUUUUUAGGUUGUUUUGCUUAUAGUCUGUCAACAAUGAGUAAAAAUGGGUUUGACCGAAGUGGGGCACCCCCUCAUUUUCAUUUUUAAUAGUUUAUCAAAAAUGAGGGCAAAUGAGUUUUGACGCCCUCCCUAACUUUGGGGCCGGGAAGGGAUGUAUCCUCUCGUUUUUAUUUUUUGCUGGUUUUUCAUCAAAUCGUCGUCAAAGAUUUUUAAAAACAAAUUUUGAAUGCCCCCCCCCCCGCACCAACUUCAUCCCAGGCAGGGGCAGUGUACUCUCUUGUUUUUUGUUUGUUGUUCUGCUGAUAAUUGGUCACCAAUGAGUACAAUAGAGUUUGGAUGCUGCCCCUUUCCCCCCUCUUGACGUUUGCCCAGGAUGGGGGCCGGGGAUGGGUGGCGUCCAUUCUCAUUUUUCUUCCUUGAUUGUUUUGACAUCUCCCAUGACCCUGGGGCCCGAGCAGAGGUGACAUUCCCCUUGUUGUUGUUUUUGGGGCUGACUACUCUGCAACAAUGAGUACAGUAGUAUUUGGACGCCCCCCCCCCCCCAACAGCUUUGCCCCUUGUGGGGUGGCGUCCCCUUUCAGAUUUUUAUUAAUGUCAAACUCUCCCAUCUUUUUUUAAUUUGUUUUUGUAAAUACUGUACAAUGCAUUUUUGAUAUCAUUGACAUGUUUUGAUAUUUCAAAUCACAGAAAACAUAACUGCGUGCGGGCGUGUGUGUUUGCGCGCUGGAGGUGAGUUACGAGGCAGGAUGUGCACCUUCUCCGACUUGAAAUGAAAACUCUGUAAAUGUUUAUUAUAAAAAUGCAGAAUGGAGGUUCUAAAGUUGAAAUGCCACGCACAAUUAUAACUGUGAAUCGGACAGAAGGAGGUCAUAUAUGUUGACACAUAUCCCUUCUUCGGAACUAUGAAGGAUUUUAGUUUUUUUGUUAAUGAGGGUUUUUCAAUUACUCUUGUCCAAAAAUGCAGUCGUUCUAUUUUUAUUGUUUCUGUCCACAGCAAUGAUCAUUUCUGUAUUUUUAUUGUGCUGUUGUAAAAUACUGUAACAUUUAAAGAAAAGGGUGGCAGAGGGGUGUUCAAUUGAGGACUGUUUCUGUUAAUUUCCUCAUUUUGUUUUAUUUUAUUUUAUUUUAUUUUAGCAGUAUUGAAUAUCUUCCCGCCGUGUCUGCGGGGGGGCUUUGCUUCGUUUCAUGUUAGGGUAGUUUUUCCCAUCCGAAAUGUCGUGUAGUUUAAAGAAAAAGGAGAAAGGGGGGGAAAAAGAGGUUGUUUCUUAUUUGUAUGUUUCUUUAUAUUGUAAAGUUUCUUUAGAUGAAAAAAAUGUUAUUGAAGGGGGGGAAGACUGCAGUGUGUAUUUUUUUGUUUGUUUUUAUUUUCAUCAAGUUGUCAGUUGUUUUUGCUUGUGUCCCCCCGCCCCCCUCUUGUUGUAGAUACAUAUUAAAAACAAAUAAAAUGACUUCACUCCUUUUGCCAUGAA